AUGGUCCGCCCGCCUUUCGUUCAUCCAGACUACUGGGCACUGCUUGGCGGCAAAGCGCCGACGCCGGCGCCACCAGCAACGGACCUUUUCACUAUUAGAGCCUCAAUCAACGCAGCUACUCAGGCAGCCUCCAAUGCGCUCCCAUCCCCCGCCGGAAUGACAACCAGUGUCAGUGUUGUCACUUCUACUGAUGGAACCGAGUUCAAUGUAACCAGGUUCGUACCUCUCAGCGUCCAGAAGAGCAGCGAAACUGCGCAAAGGGCAGUCAUCUACGGUUUCGGGGGCGGCUUGAUUGCAGGCAGCGUCAAUAUUAGUUUUAACGUGAUUGCCAAUUUCGCCGAACGGACGGCAACUCAAGUAUUUGCUCCCGACUAUCGCCUAGCCCCCGAGCACCCCUAUCCUGCGCCUCUGCAAGACAUUUAUUCAACAAUUACUUGGUUGCAGGCCCACGCAGGUGAUUUCAACGUUGACCCUGCUCGUAUCGUCGCGUUCGGCCAAAGUGCUGGCGGUAAUCUCAUGGCGUCGGCAGCACUUAAAGCCAGAGACGAGGGACUCACUCCCCCUCUCACAGCGCUAGUGCUCGCGUAUUUGGGCGAUUCCAACGGAACGGAGGGCCAGGGCACUAGCAACAAGGUCCGGAAAGCUGCAGCUCCAUACACGGCCGCACCAGGCCGUGCCGAAGAUUUGCACGGCCUUCCACCGACGCACCUGGGUGUCGGUGGUCUGGAUCUGUUCCGCGACGCGAACAUACGCUUUGCUGAGAAGCUCUCAACACAUGCCGUCAAAGUGCAAUUCAAAAUCUUCCCUGGAGUGCCGCACGGCUUUGAUGGACACCCUGCUUUCACUCUCAGAACUGAGCUAUGGAGCAAUGAGGCUCGUUUCAUCCACCGACUCUAA